AAAAUUUCAUUUUAAGGAAAAAUGAUUAAUGUUAAUUUUCCGGUAGACUUCAACAUUAAUAAUUCAAUGAAAAAAACCUUGAGAUUUCUAAAUUGUUCCUCGCUUCAUGUGAGCGGAUUGACCUCAGUCGACAGUGGACAAAAUCAUAUCUCUAUACAUAGUUGUCACCAUGGAACUUUCCGUUAUAUAACUUUAAUUGCUCCAGAUGAAAGUCCUAAUACCGAUGGCAUUGAUAUAUCCAACUCAAACAACAUUGAAAUUUCGAAGAGCAACAUCAGAACGGGUGACGAUUGUAUUGCAAUUAAUGGUAGUAGCUCUUAUAUCAACAUCACUGAGCUGACUUGUGGCCCGGGCCAUGGCAUAAGUGUUGGGAGCUUAGGUAAAAAUGGAACAAAAGCUGAAAUUGAAGAAAUACAUGUAAAGAAUUGCACAUUCAACGGAACACAAAAUGGAGCAAGGAUCAAAACAUGGCAGACCGCUGCGGUUCAAAUAAGUGAUAUUACGUUCAGAGACAUUCAGGGGACAUCGAACAAAACAAAUGUGAUCAAAUUAAGCUGCAGCGAAACACUCGGUUGCACCAAUAUUUUGGUAGAGAAUGUCAACUUAACAUCAACUGCUGAAAGCAAGGAAGCCUAUUCCUCUUGCGUCAAUGCUCACGGAAGAAGUUCGCAAUCAAUUCCUCCAAUUGACUGCCUCUUAGGCUGAGCCCGCAUAAGUUUCCGCCUGGUGCUUUGGGUGAAGAUGAACACCAAAUUCGCCCAUAUUUUUAGUUGUGUGUGUUCUCAUAAAAUUUCCACCUCUAUAAAAAUCAAGUUUAUAGAGCACUUUAAGGUUUUGGAAAAUUUUAGAGUUAUUGAAAGUCUCUGAAUUAUUUUUAAUAUUUAACUCGUAUUUGUGUCUAAUUAAAAUCUUAUGCAAGA